AUGAGGCGCCCGGAGAGUUUGUAUGCUGAAGGAAAAUCAACUACUGCAAUACACUUUUACGAGCCUAUACUCGUUAAGGAGAUCCCUCUACGAAAUGAUGGGUCGUCCCAAUUGAAUUUUAUUUGCUGCCAUGAUGGAGAACGCGCAUCUGGUGGCUUAUUAACUAAGACACGGUCAACUGAAUGUAUCAAGUGUGAACUAAAGAUUUGCGAGCUAAGCAUACCAGGACUCGUCUCCGAUUCUGAAUGGUCGAGAUACUUGGAAAUUCUCAGAUAUGUAGCCAUAGAAUAUCCUGAACUUAUUGACUAUGUUAUUAAUCUUACUGAGUAUUUGGUUCUUAAUUAUUCCAAUGAGAGAUUUAAGAUCAUUAAAAUCCAUAUCAAUCAUUUAUUUGCCAUAAUCGCAAUAGUUACCAAGCUUAUUGACUGGUAUGGUUCCGAAGGAUCUUCCGAAUGUUGGGCGGCUUUAAGCUCUAAUUGGUUUCCUAAGGAGGAACUGUUCACUGCUUGGGUAACCGCCUUACGCCGACAACUGCAAGGACCGCCCGCUUGCAGGCAACGAAUAGAGAAAGAGUUGAUUGAAGUACAGGAAAAUCUCUACAGCGAUUUUGACUACCGCAAUGAAUUCCAUGCUGUUCAGGUCAGUCAUGAGGACAGGUCAUUAUUCGAGCGGGCUAAAAGACUCCUGGAGUUACACAGGCUAAUGAACGUGGCGGAUGUCAGCACUAGUGCGAAGGCAGGAACUCUUGAUGACAUCAAAGUUCUAGUUGCUUUUUCACACCCAUCUCUCCAUCAGAACUACGUCUCCUGGUGUCGAUACUUAUCAAGAACCAUUCAGGUACGACUGCUUCUUCAGUUCCCUUCCCCACGGCUGUUUUCGUCCUGA